AAAGCUAUUUGACCGUUAACCCCUCGAACCUCGGUGACGAUAGCUAUCUUCCCUUUAACAUCUUCCAAGACAGCAUAAUGGCCGAUGAAUCAAAUCCCACCUUUACAAACCCAGUCAUUCGGGGCUUCAACCCGGAUCCUACCAUAUGCGUAGUUCCUGCUACGGACUCAACCCCAACGACGUUUUUUCUUAGCACUUCGACAUUUGAGUUCUUCCCCGGAUGCGCCAUUUACACGUCUACCAAUUUAAUUGAUUGGAAACUCAUUGGCCAUGCACUCAAUCGUCGAAGUCAGAUUGAUAUGCGUACCGUUGAGCCCGGUGCGGGUAGUUGGGCGAGUACUUUGAGAUAUCGACCUGAAGAGAAGCGAUGGUACUUGGCCAAUGGUGUCUUCCACCGCUAUCGUCCAACUGUUGAUGAACGUAUUUUUCCUCGAGGUUUCUAUGUCUGGACCGAUAAUAUCUGGGAUGACAAUGCAUGGUCUGACCCAGUGUACUUUGACAACCCCGGUUUUGACCAAGACCUAUUCUGGGAUGAUGAUGGAAAAGUAUACCUUUCAACUACAAUGCGCUUCGCUUGGCGAGACCCAAACUCAAAGCAGAAAGAUUUUGGCAUUCACAUCUCCGAGAUCGACAUCUCAACUGGAAGAACUCUCACAGCUCCCAAAGUAAUCCGAAAAUCCCCACACGGAAUUGCCGAGGGCUCUCAUGUCUUCAAGCGAGGAGACUGGUAUUAUCUUUUGACUGCUGAAGGAGGCACAGAAGCCGGCCAUCAAGAGUGGGUAUUUCGAAGCAAGGAUGGCCCUUUGGGUCCAUGGGAGAGCCAGGGAAAGCCUCUUUGGUACAAUGGACCAGAUGAAGAAGUUCAGAGAACGGGACAUGUUGAUGUCUUUGAGGACGGAAACGGAGAUUGGUGGUCUGUCUUGCUGGGUGUUCGCCCAGUGCCGCACCAGGGGACUUUCUUAGAACCACAACUCGGGCGAGAGACAUUUCUCGUCAAAGUUGAGUGGAAGGAUGACUGGCCCAUCUUCAAUGAUGGUAAUAAUAUCACACUGAAGACUGCAGGGAGAAAUCUCAUCAAGUCAGCUUCGAAGCCGAGUCCUCAGACAUGGAAUGCCGAUCUCUCACAAGAUAAGCUGGAAUUGGGAUGGUACCAAAAGAAUACACCUAUCAAGCAAAGUUACACCCUCACAGAAAAGCCUGGCGUACUAAGGCUCCAUGGUAACUGUUACGAUUUGACCAGCCCUGAGGCUCCAGCCAUGCUUCUCAGGAAACAGACUUCAUAUAACCAGGUCUUCAGAGCCAAGAUGGAGUUUAAGCCUACAGUACGAGGCUACGAAGCUGGAGUUGUUCUUUGGUGGAGCCAGCACUCAUACGCAUCCUUAGGCGUCGUCGCUUCAGAAAGAGACGAUGGUAAAAUUGAAACAAAGAUCAGCUACCAAGGGGCUGCUGGAAAGGCUGGAGAGUUCAAAACUUCAGAGACAGAAUUUGGAGGCAACCUCGAUAGUGUUGAGUUUUCUAUCCGUGCAAACCCGACCAAAUACGAGCUUUCUCUCAAGGCUGGAGGAAAGGAGUCAGAAGUGUUUACUGUCGACGCCAGUGCUUUGACAGUGAUGCCACCCCACGGAGGAUGUUUUGCCGGUACAAUGUUUGGAAUCUAUUCCUAUGGCAAGAAUCAGCCCGUGUUGGAUCCAGCAGACUUUUCAGAGAUUAGCACAUAUGAGCUUUAGUAGCGACUAUCGAUAGAACUAAAGUUAUGCCACUAGACAAAACCUUCGGCAAAAGCACCCUAAAGAGAAACAAAAGGAUAAAGCACUAACAGCACUAAAAGCACUAGAGGUAGAAACUGCAAAAAAUGGAUCGCCU